UGUAAUUAAUACACAAAGUGCUCUUGAAGCAAGCGUGCAUUUAGGCGCGGGUUCCCAUUUAUCUCCGUGUGGUCAAUUGUGUAGCUUCGGGACUUUCGACGAACUCGUGUGCGUUCUCUUACGAGUCACGCUAAUCGAGCUCAGGUCUCUGAAACAGAAGGUGGACCUCCAUGGAAGAUUGAAGACCAGAUUCUUAGGAUUUGGUGGCAAUCCUUGCAGUUGGUCAACGCGAUAAGACAGGAGAGAAUCUUGUGUCAACCCCAGAGGCUUCGCCAUGUCACGCUAAAGUGAACAAAGCACAUCAAAGAAUGAGAGCUUGAUCCUCGCCCCGCAGAUUGCUUCGAAAUUCUGAGCAAUGGCCCAGAAAUACGAAGAGGUGGCCGAGAUCGGUAAUGGGGCAUAUGGUACUGUUUAUAAAGCCCGCGAUCUUCAAAACGAAGGCCGUUUUGUGGCUUUAAAAAGAGUGAGAAUUGUAAACAACGGCGAUGAAGGAAUGCCACUCUCUACCAUCCGCGAAAUAGCCCUUCUCAAGCAGAUCGACAAUUUCGCGCAUGAAAACGUUGUAAGGCUUCUGGAUGUUUUUCAUACAACUUCACCAACAGGUCAUGAGAAAUACCUUUCUCUUGUCUUUGAGCACAUUGAGCAGGAUCUAAGUGCUUAUCUUGACAACUGCCCACAACCAGGAUUGCCAGAAUGGAAAAUUAAGGACUUAACACAUCAGCUGUUGAAUGGGGUGGAUUUCUUGCACUCUCACCGGAUUGUCCAUAGAGAUUUGAAGCCCCAGAAUAUCUUGAUCUCAGGUGCUGGUCAAGUAAAGAUUGCAGACUUUGGAUUAGCUAGGAUAUACAGAGAUGCUAUGGCUUUGACAUCAGUGGUGGUAACACUGUGGUAUCGGGCUCCAGAGGUUCUCCUUCAUUCCAGUUAUGCCACAGCUGUGGAUAUUUGGAGUGUUGGAUGCAUUAUGGCUGAACUUUAUAACAGAAAACCACUGUUUGAAGGAAAAUCUGAUGUAGAUCAGCUUCACAAAAUAUUUAGUGUUCUAGGUACUCCAUUGCAGAAUGACUGGCCAUCAAGUGUUUCUCUUCAGAGGUCAUCAUUCCCAAGAUAUGUUUCAUUUUCACUUGCUGAGUUAAUACCAGAGAUGUGCGAGAGUGGAACCAACUUACUCAAGAGAAUACUAAUCUUCAAUCCACAAAAGAGAAUCGGAGCUUUAGAUGCUCUCCAACAUGAGUACUUCAGAGAAUUCCAUGAUGGCAACAAGGAAAACACACAAGGUAGUUAUCAAAAUAUGACCAAACAAAGGGAAAGCAUGCCUGCUCUCUGACAAGUUUUUCAAGUGAGGUUUGAGAAGGUUAUCAUGGAAAGAAAUUGCAACCAAAUUACAUGUAACCUCGUGUGUUUUGAAAUGGUCUUGUUUGUCACACACUGCAAGAUAUUCCAACAAAAUUGAAAUAUUACAGACAGAAAAUCUAAAUUAACUGGUAAGAGAUUUUUUCUAGCUCAAAAGAAUUAGCUAUUAUUGUUGAAAGUGUGUAAUAUAUUUACAAGUAUUAAAUAAAGUAGCCUAAUAAGCAAUGUAUCAAUAUCGAGUGUGCCAACUUUGCUUGUUUUUUGAAGUGAGGUGCCUGUACAAUUUCUAUUAUAAUUACACUGAGGACAGAAAAUCAUUAGGUCAUUUUCUAGUGUUUUUGGGAGAAAAAAUUUAGUAUAAUUGUUACUAAUUCUCACGUGACUUAUUUAUAAAUAUUUCUAGAUUUUCACAAUUUAAACAAAAAGGAUGCCAGAACUAAACUAAAGCGAAAAAUUAACCAUGCAUUAAUUUUUUUUGCACAGUUAUUAGAACAAUGCGUUUUGAUGAAAAGAAUUAUUAUGCUGUUAGUUUGACUUCCUUUAGUGCAAUUUACAGCCAACCCAAAAUCUUUGUGGUUUUUUGUGAAAUUGAUUGUGAAAAUUGGUAACAAUAAGGUGACUAUUUUUGAAAAGGCCUUCUUGAUAUUUUAUGAACAGGGGUUCAACAGGCCUUAUUUCACAACUUACUAGUCUAAGAACUAAAAUACUGUUUAAAAGGACAAGUGAAGGAGUGCAACAUCAAGUUAAUUUAUACUAGGAGAGUGCUUUAUCUACAACUUUAAAACUAGAGAAAAUGAGAAAAAUGUUUCAGAUUAAGAAGUCAUUGUGAUUAUUUAUUUGAGGAUACCAAAACAGCUAUCAAGAAGUGUCAUUCAUGUUAAUUAAUGUGAUGACAAGUGGUUAGUCUCUACCUAUUAUUCUGCUGUUUUUCCAUCAGUCUCUUUCUUAGCUGUGUAUAUAUAGUUAGAAUAAGUUUUAGUGUAGUGUUAGCUGUAGGUGAUUGUUGAAGUAAAUUGAUAAAUCCUUUACACUCUACCAUCAGUUUGCAUAUUUGCCAUACUGUUCUCUAUACAUUUCCUAAGGUGCUGACGAGGAGAAUUUGUUUAACAAUCAAAGGCUUCUUAAGUUAGUGAUCAUUUCCUUUGUUCUAGUGGCCUUAAGGAGUGAUUUAAAGGGUGAUAUUGUUGGGAGAGAUGAAAUGCUGGUCACUACUAUGAGUUAACCCUUAACUCCCAUGAGUGACCAAGACAGAAUUUCUGUUUACAAUACCAACACAAUAUCAUCCAGAUAAGUGAUGAGAAUAAAGAAAAAUAUCAUUUUGGAAAUAAAUAGUUGAUCCCAUACAGGAUUCUCAGAACUAACAUUAUGAGAAUUGUAUAGUUGACAGAUUGGAGAAUGACAAAUUUUAUCUAGGAGUUAAAGGGUUAAUCAGUUUUAGUCUUUUUGAAGAUCAUCUACAUAAAACCUUGUAGAGUAAGUAUUGAAUACUGUCUUAAAUUUAAAGAGAAAGUGAUUAUUAAUUGGGUGUUGGAAGAAAAUCCCACAAGAUAUGGCAUUAGCUGUCAUUGCACAUCUAACCAUAGUAUUUAUGACUUAAAACACCAUCAACACUUUUUUUUUUAUAAGCUAUACAGUUUUCAAGGUACUCAUUAUGCAGUAUUCAAUUUCCAUAUCAUCUGUGUGACCAAUCAUGUAGGAGUUUUCUCAGUUUUCACAAAACUUCAUCUUUUGUAUCAAAAGGUUCUUGUAACCUCUAUUUUGGUGUGAUGGUAAUAUAUAUUACAAAGUUUGUCAAGAAGACUAAUUUACCUUGUAUGACCUAUGAUUUUUUUAAUUUUAUGGUUUUUGAUUGGUUCCACAAGAAUUUGUUCAAAGAAUUUUUGAAUCCAGAGAAUGCCAUAGUUGGCUUAUACUGAGAGUGACUUCAUCACCAAUAGAGGUGAAAAAAAAAAUGUUACUGGGAGGAUUCUAGCUAUGGUUAAGUGCUUCCCUAGUGUUCAAGUUAAUUUCCAAAAUUUGUCGUGUGUUGUGUGAUGACUUGACCACUUGGUAGGAAAUGCAAGAUUCUUGUUGAAAUUUCUGUACAUGUACUUUUUAGAUGAGAUUAAUGUGAUGAACAAUCUUCUCUCAAAAAGAGCACAAUACAAUGUACAUGUUUAGUUUUCAGUUUUUUUAGGGUUUAAAGGGUUAUGUUUCCCUUGAAUUGAUAAUCAUGUGGUGUGAUUGCCCAGGGGAGGGUAGUUUUGAACAGACUAUCAUCAGUGACUGAUGUUCCAAAAAAUUGAGUGGAAGGUUUGACUCAGAUGAUGGCUUCCACAUGGACACUGUCACAAGAAACAGUCAAUUUCAGUACUACUGUACUCUCAGUUGGAUAAUUACACAACAUGAUCACCUCUUCCUACUAUAUGGAGCAAUUAAGCUGCAUGAUUUCUGAAUUAAUCAUAACCAUUGCAAUUUCCUCAAAUGUGAUUGGUGCAUCAGCUGCUUCAUUUUUCACUAAUUCUGUACAAUUGUAAUCAGACAGGGAAAUAGGAGAGUUGGCUGUAAUUGGACACCCAUAAUCGAACAGUUAAAGCAGCCAAUCAAACUAUGUCCACUCAGCUAAAUCUACCAAUCACAGAAUUGAUCACAAUAACCAUAGCAACCACCACUUAUCCAAAGAAAAAACAAGGCAAAAUAGAGGAAUAUUUAACUAAAGACAUUGUCUCCACUAGAGAUAUUUGUCCUAGGUGUAUUUUUUUUUUCGGAAAUUGAAAUGGUUAAGAUUAAUUCAUGACAGGAUUUCUUGUCAUUCUGUCAGUAAUCAUACCCAUGAUAAACAAAUCAGACUCCCGCUUCAUGGUUGUCCAAUUUUGCUAGUCACUCGUAUGAUUACAGACCAAAUUGGACUCCACUCGGUCCUAUUACUAUUAUGAAUAAAGUGUUACUAAAGAAUGAGCCACUGAAGAAAGUUCCACUUGGUAGUGCUUUAUUACUGUGUUAAGAAAUCUCAGAUGCAUGUGGAGUGUAUGUGUCUGGUGACCAUUAAAAUUGUUAUCAAAGGACAUUUAUGUCAGGUAGUAAAUUUUCCAUAAAAUCUCACUACAGGAGUGUUGUGUUCUGAAGAGAAAUGAUAAUAAAUAAACA